UGGGAUUAUUACAUAAUGUGGGUGGGAAGAAAAUAAGUCUUGUUGUGGUAUAUCGCGAAUAUGACAUUUCGGGUGUAUAUUCUCUUAACGGAAUCCAAUUGGGGAUUUAUUUUAUACUCACCACGGGAACAUUAAAGUAAACUCUCGCGUCGCACAACAACUUUCGGUCGCUAAAAGUGUUUGUCUGGAGAUGAGGUGACGCCGUUUGAGUUUUCAUAGUUGAAUGAAACUAGUUAGCAGGCUAAGUUAUCGAGCUCAACAUCUAGUUAAAGUUAGCUCGCGAGCUAGAGCUGUGUCCAGAUAUCAGGAAAUAACAGCAUGACAACUUAAAUAGCUUUUAUAUCUGGGGAAAUAUUGCAUGCUGAAUAUUUACAGCGUUAUAUAUAUAUCUAUAUAGUAUUUAAAUGAUAAUUCUGUAGCUGUCUAAUGAAAUCAUCUUAGCUAGCUGGCUAACGUUAACGUUGCAUUGAAUGACACGUCGCUAUGCUAGUUUGUCUGGUUAGCUAGUUGCUAAAAGUGACAAGAAAAAGUUUAAAUUAAACUUCAACUGUCGCUAUGUAGUAUUUAACCUCGUGUUCAACUUUUAAAGGGUGAAAAUAUUAAGGCUUUUGGUUUGGACAUUCCUUUUUACCAGAGACUUUUUUGAUAUAUUUAGUUUAAUAUACGUUAUUAGUGUAAAUCUGGUUUCUAAAAUAGUCUACAGUUUAAAAAAAAAAAAAAAGGAGACAAAGUUGUGGACUUUUCCAAGUGUAGCUUCAUAAAAAAAAAAUUAAAUUAAUUUAAAUAUAAUUGUUAAAAAUAUUAUUAUAAAUAAAGUACUAAGUAAUUAAGAAAUAAACUGUCACUGUGAUUUCUUCACAGUAAACACAUGCAAGCGGUGGACAUCAGCCAUGUUCCUGUACGCAUAGCAUGGGUUUUGCGGUUUAUUCAGUCUCUGGGGUUUCAAACUGCUGUUAAUUUUUCUCCAAAAGAAGUUGUUAAUGGCCUAAACGAUGAGCGUAACGAUGGCUGAUGUUGAGAACGGUGAUCAGAGCUUGGACACUGUGAGUUUGCAGACAGUGGGCAGUCAUUUUGGAGAUGAUGAAGAAAGCUCUCUAGGCUCCGACUCCGAGCUCAAUGGCUUCCCAGGCUCCAGAGAGACGGACAAGUACGGCUUUAUCGGAGGAGCGCAGAAGUAUUCGGCCGAAUCGGCUCAGGACGUUCCCCCGGAGGUGUUGAGGCAGAGAGAGCUGAAAUGGUUAGAGAUGCUGAAGAACUGGGACAAAUGGAUCAACAAGAGAUUUAAGAAGGUGAGGCUGCGAUGUCAGAAAGGAAUCCCUCCAUCGAUAAGAGGCAGAGCCUGGCUUUACCUGUCAGGAGGGAAAGUAAAGAAGGAGCGAAACAGCGAAAAAUUCAAGGAGCUGGACAGCAUGGAGGGUGAUCCAAAGUGGAUAGAUGUGAUCGAGAGAGAUUUACACAGGCAGUUCCCUUUCCAUGAGAUGUUUGUAUCACGAGGAGGACACGGGCAGCAGGAUCUGUUUCGGGUGCUAAAAGCAUACACACUCUACAGUCCUGAUGAAGGUUACUGUCAGGCUCAGGCUCCUAUUGCUGCCGUGCUACUCAUGCACAUGCCUGCUGAGGAUGCAUUUUGGGGUCUUGUGCAGAUCUGUGAGAAAUACCUUCCCGGUUACUACAGUGCAGGCUUGGAGGCGGUUCAGCUGGACGGAGAGAUCCUGCAUGUGCUGUUGAAGCGAGUGUGUCCUGUGGCGUAUCGGCACCUGGACAAGCACAAGAUCGAGCCGGUGCUCUACAUGAUGGAGUGGUUCAUGUGCGCCUUCUCCAGGACUCUGCCCUGGGCCUCGGUCCUCCGAGUGUGGGACAUGUUCCUGUGUGACGGAGUGAAAAUUAUAUUCCGAGUGGGCUUGGUGUUGUUGAAGUCCAUGCUGGGAACUCGGGAUAAGCUCAAGGCCUGUCCGGGUCAGUAUGAGACCAUGGAGGUCCUCAGAGCGAUCGAGCCCAGAUACAUGCAGGAGGGCUUCUUAGUGCACCAGGUUCUGGAGUUGCAGGUAUCAGCACGGGACGUGGAACGCGAGCACCGCAGGCAGCUGAAGCGCUGGAAGAAGAAGCGUGGCGAGCCCGCCCGCAGACCCCCUCAGAGAAUGCACAGUGCUCGCGCCAUCAUGGCCACCGAGCCUCAUACAUGCCAAGACCUCCGCCAGAAACCCACCAUCAUCGUCCAGUACCCGUCGAUCCCCGAGGAAAAGUCCGAGCCGAGCCUCAGGAAGAAGAGAGGGAGCCUGAAGAAAAACCAAGCCCUCAUUCCUAACCCCUACGCCCUACCUGACGAGUCUAAACCUACUCCGAUAUUGGAAAUACAGCCUCUGAAACAGGAAAAUCUAAAUCUUGUGCUUCCAAAUCCACCGUCGCAUCCACCACGGCUCCCUACAAUGCAGGAAAAUCAGGUCAAAGAGACGAGCACUUCUACAGUGCGACUCGUGCAGUCGUCCUCAAAUUCCUCCAUCGAUAAGAAACCGGCGGACUCUAUCCCUCUGCAACAUCUAUCCCUCCUAACUGCUCCUGUACACGAAUCACCUUCAGCGUGGCGUCCUCACCUGCUGGAAUGUCCUCCUGUCCAAUUCAGAGAACCUGACCAUGAUGAGCUCCCUAAUAAUACAGAAAACUCGGCCACCAUUUUGGAUCCAUCUACAGACUCAAGCCCUCUGCUUACGCCCAACGCACCUGCCCCCCACGACUCACCUGCUGCUUCAGAUUACAAAAACUCCAGACAGAGCAUUAACAGCUCAGAGGACACGUACCUGUAACUCGCUCACUGUCGCCACCUGGUGGUUUGGAGGAACAGGGUGCUGCAGUGCUGGGAGAAAUAUUUACAUUAUUUUUACAUUCAGAAGCUAAUUUGAGUUAGAGCAGGGUUUUUGCAUAACCCACGUUGGUUCUUAAUCUGUGACAAUUUACACACUUAUUCACUCUUAAACAAAUGAUUUGUCUUCAAAUCAAAUUUACACAAUUCACCCCAGAGGCAUCCAAGAUUUGGUUUCUGGUUUUUGCUUCUUUAGUUUUGCACUUGAAAGUCAGUUACCAAACAUGCCUUGGCUGUAAGGGGGGGACGGGGAGGGGGUUUGCAAAUGUGCGAACUUGUAUUUCAUUCUCUACAGGAAGAAACUCCGAGAAGUCACUUAAGGGUCAGUGGAGAGUCAGAGAAAAUCCCGGAAAAAUACUGUAUCCUCAGCACCUCACACGCUGCCAUCUUGAGUGUCAGUGCGGUGCCGAGAAUGCUCCGCCACCCUAAUGAACCCUAAUGGUCUAAUCAGUUUUCCUUUCCAUUAGUGGAUGGUGUAGAGAACGGCUAACGAAUUGUGCCUAGCGUCAGACGAGUUACAGUCACCAGUGUACUUCAGUAACGUAGACUUACACUCUGACUCGCCUUAUGGGACCAAACAAAAUACAUUCCUGGAACUUUGACAUGUGUGUCCCUAAAUCUGAUGGGAAGUGGAGAGUCACACUACUAUAGGACCAACUCUUAACGCUCAAAUCCAGAGCAGAACGUGAGGUUCUGACAUCUGAGGCUGCUCAUCUGAGGAUCUACCUCUGAAAGCUCUGCAUCUGUGACUCUAUGUCCGAGUGUCUGCAUCUGAGGCUGUAUAUCCGAAGCUGUACAUCCGCGGAUCUCCCUCUGAGGCGGUCUGUCUAGGACUGUACAUCUGUGGCUCUGCUUCUGAGGAUCUACGUUUGCGGCUGUGCACGUCUGCGGUGUGGGGGCGGUCCGUCUGAGGCUCUGCGUUCAAGGCUUUACAUCUGAGGCCCUUCCUUUUGAGUCUGCUUUCUGUUACUGUCUUAUUUGUUUCAUGUGAGGUCAUUCUAACACAAACGAGACCUCAUUUUAACCAUUUUCUGUUUGGUCAUUUUAUGUUUGUACAUUAAUGGGAUUGGUUAGAACUGCACAGUGGGCGUGUGCCAAUAUUCACGUUUCACAUCGCUAAUGUAUAUGGUACAUUAUAUCGAACAGCGCGAAACUUUUUUAAAAAAUCCCUCUUUAGUAGGAUUGACAUUUAUGACAUUGUGGACUUUUUCCUUAACUUUCCAAACGUGACGAUUACUUAGAAGCUCAGCUUUAAAAACAAAUUAAAAAACGCUGCCUAGGUAGUAGGCGAUUAUAAUAAUAUCUUCUCGUUAUUUGAACGAAUUUAGCCAAUUUUAAGUCGGUAUGGUAUCGUUAGGGAGCAACUAAAGCUAGGCACAACUGUAUAUUUAAUAAUAAGUGACGCUGGUUUCAUAAUUCUGAGCCAGUCCGAUCGCUGUUUUGUUUUUUAAAUUAAUCGACUAUACACUAUGUUCUUAAUUCAUAUUUAAUCAUCAGAUAUUUAAACAUGGCACUAAUGCUAGACCCUGUAAUGCUACAUUCAGUUCAUUCCAACUUAUUUUUAUUCCAAGUUAGGUAAUAAUUUUGUUACACACACACACACAAACAUGUUUUACCAUGAUAAGAUAUCUUUUUGCUGUAUUGAUGAUUUAAAUUUUUUAUUUUUUUUUUUUAAACAGUGUGAUGCGUUGAGGAAUCGAUUAUUGGCACACGUCUACUGAAUAGCAAGGAUCGUUAAGUCUUUAACGUGUUAUAGUUUACUCCGGUGUAACUGCAAACAAUCUGAGAAAGGGAGCAACCCGUGAGCUGCUAGAGGGCAGACUUGGUCCAAAGAUUUACACACUCUCCACAAACACUCAAGUGCCUGAGGAGUGUUUACUCGCUCCAGCCUUCAGAAGGGAAACUACCUACAGAUUCGCUUUUGAAAGACUUUCAUUCACGGGCAUCACAAACAUUUGUUUAUAUUACACUCGUAUUCAUCUGGCAGAUUUAUUAUCUUUUUUUUUUUUUCCUUAAUCCAAGAGCAACCACCACUUCUUUGUGUUUUGUAUUCCACAGAUUUCCUUACCACAUCUUACAAGAGCUGCACGAUAAUCACAACAAUCCUAUACAACAGGCACAUCCUUUCCACUAACGUAAUCUCGACGAAAUAUCUACUCUCUGUAUACUUUACGCGCAAACGAAAAAACCGACUCAAGCUGAGAACUUUAUUGCUGAUCCACUUUAUACCACACCGCCGUCGGAUUCUCCGUAACACGCUCGAAUACGUUAUCGUUUCCAUAGCAACGACGCACACAGGGAAUUGUAUGGCGGACGACCUACAGCACCGGAUACUAACGAUACGCGUCUUAUUUAACAAAAGCAAAACGUAUGAUCGCCGACGUGGUAUUUCAAAUUCACGGAAGGAGUCUCCAGAGUCUCCAACGUCUCCGGGGAAAGGACUUCACGCUGCGUUACGGUUUUGUUGUAACGUUGCAAGCUGCAUUUAAAACGCAAACGUCGCACAACGUAAACGGUUACAUCUGCUUUUCUUAAACGGUUUUCUAGGAGGGCUUAGUUCAAAGCUGUAGCAUCCAGAUAAUCGGGAUCUAUUUUGGGAUAAGUCUUAAAUAAAACCUCCAACUGCUACUUAAUUAGUCCUGGAUUUGGUUUCAUGUCGUUAAGUUGCUUUGAGAGGGGGGAAAAAAAAAUCUGCAAAAUAAAUAAAAUGUAUUUGUAGACUGUUUUGUUCACAUUCAGCUACAUCCAGUUACAUUCAUUCUUACAUAAUAACAACACGUAAACGGGAGCUGUUACUUUAUUUGUAUUUAUAUAUAUAUAUAUUUCUAUAUAAUAGCUGGAGCUUUGUGACACUAGUUUGUAUGUUUGGUUUUUUGUUUUUUUCUCCAGAGAAUUUUAAUACACAAUUUUAUGAAAUAAUUAUAAGAAUUUAUGUCUAAAUUUACUACUCAAAAACUGAACAUUAUUUAGUAAAUAUUCCUAAAGCUUUGGGUCAGUUUUCUUACUUUUUUUUUUUUUGUCAAAACUGAGCAUAUGCUGUUAAUACUUUCAUUGCAAUAUUGCUAAGCCUUUAAUGAUUUGCAAUAUUAUUAUUAUUAUUAUUAUUAUUAUUAUUAUAUCGUCUUCUUCGGGAAGGCCUCCUGAGAUUCUGUGUGGGACGAACUAACUGAACUGACCUUGCUGAGAGUAUAAGGAGGUUGUGCGUUUAAACUUUUAUAGUGCCUUCUGAAUAGAACAGACUUCCUCUCAGGACUAGAAAUGCUGACUAACCAGGACAUGUCCUCCAUAAUCGUGGCAUUUGAAUCUUCGCAAUGACAUCUAAAAACAUCUAAUUGAAAAAAUGUGCUGUUCUGUAGAUGAUUGUCCAAUCAGAUGGCUCUUAAUAAAAACAAUAACCA